AUGACAGACAAACCAACGGAAGAGGAAAUUUUGGCUUCCUAUCCUCAGAUAAGUGCGCCUACUGAGCAAACCGGGUACACCUCUAAUAUCACUCCUGAACAGGAGGAGAUAAAAGAUAAACUUAGAGACCAGUUGAAGGCACUCGGGUAUACCAAAAGACUCGAUAAUGCCUCGUUGUUGCGUUUUUUGCGGGCCAGAAAGUUCGAUCUUGCGAAGGCGAAGCAGAUGUUUGUGGAGUGUGAAGAAUGGCGUAAAAAGUAUGGAACUGAUACCAUUUUGGAGGACUUCCAAUACCAUGAAAAACCCUUGGUUGCUAGCAUGUACCCGCAAUAUUAUCACAAGACUGAUAAGGAAGGACGCCCGGUUUACUUUGAAGAAUUGGGUAGAGUGAACUUGACGGAGAUGUUGAAAAUUACCACUCAGGAAAGAAUGUUGCGUAAUUUGGUUUGGGAGUACGAAUCUUUCGCCAACAAACGGUUGCCGGCUUGUUCGAGAGAGGCCGGAUACUUGGUGGAGACAUCGUGCACCAUCAUGGAUUUGAAGGGUAUAUCGAUUUCCACGGCGUCGCAAGUAUUGUCCUACGUUAGAGAAGCUUCUUACAUUGGACAAAACUACUAUCCUGAAAGAAUGGGUAAAUUUUACUUGAUCAACGCUCCAUUUGGAUUUUCGACUGCUUUCAAGCUUUUCAAGCCAUUUUUAGACCCCGUUACUGUGUCCAAGAUCCACAUAUUAGGAGCCAGCUACCAGAAGGAACUUUUGAAGCAAAUUCCUGCUGAGAACUUGCCCGUCAAAUUUGGUGGUAAGUCGCAAGUUUCUGACCAGGAACUUUACUUGAAUGAUUACGGUCCCUGGAGAGACCCCAAGUAUAUUGGACCUGAGGGCGAAGCUCCAAGAGCAUUCAGUAUGGAUUAG